AUGGCCACACAUCAUCAAUCCCUUCGCUUGGGCGAUAUUGCACCUAACUUUGAGGCAGAGACCACCGCCGGGACCAUCAAUUUCCAUGAUUGGAUUGGAGAUUCAUGGGCAGGUCGCUUUCAGUGGAAUACUCGAGACUUCACUCCAGUCUGCACCACCGAGCUUGGAGAAGUCGCUCGCCGUGCCCCUGACUUUGCAGCCCGCAAUGUCAAGGUGAUCGGGAUCUCUGCUAAUGGCCUUGAGGAGCAUCACAAAUGGGUGCAGGAUAUCAACGAUUUUGGCUCUAAAACUGCGCCUACCGAUGUCCAAUUCCCUAUUAUUGCCGACGCGGACAGAAAGAUCUCAACUUUGUACGAUAUGCUUGACUAUCAAGACGCGACGAACAAGGAUAGCAAAGGGUUGCCGUUUACUAUCCGAACCGUCUUCGUCAUCGACCCCAAGAAAGUCAUCCGUCUUACGAUUGCAUACCCCGCGUCCACCGGUCGCAACUUUGACGAAAUUAUCCGAGUUAUCGACUCCUUGCAACUCGGAGACAAGCACCGUAUCACUACCCCCGUUAAUUGGAAGAAGGGUGACGAUGUGAUUGUCCACCCCUCCGUUAGCAACGAAGAAGCCAAGACGCUAUUUCCGGAGCACACUGUCCACAAGCCCUAUCUGCGCACCACGCCCUUGAAAGUUUGA